GUGGCUGGGCUCGUGCGAACCCAAGGAAAGGGAAGCGAAGGGCGACGAGGGCCCAGGGCUUCGGUGCGCCUCCCAGCGCUCGCUCGCUCUCGAGCAUUGCUCGUCUUCUCAUCCCAAUUCGUAUUUAAUUCUGUGGUCCGCCGCUGGAGUCGAGCCAGGCUUCCAGCAGCAAGCAAGCGGACUCUUCGAGUUGCUGCCUCUGCUGCUGCGAGUUGAGUCUGUAGCUUGAGUCGGUGUUCGAAGGGAGCUUCCCGGGGUGGACAUUUUGUUGCUGGUACCGAUUUCACCCGAUUGCGAGGCUUGGCAGUCGUCGGUUGCACUUGGAGUGAAGAGAAUCGAAAUUUGAGGUAGUGUUGGAGUGUGCUGUCUGUGUGUGUCGAGAUCUUUCAAGAUGGGGGACGUCGCAAAGGAUUUGGCAGCUGGUACGCUGGCCGGUGUGGCACAGCUUCUGGUGGGGCAUCCCUUCGACACCAUCAAAGUGAAGCUGCAGAGUCAGCCGAGGCCACCUCCCGGGCAACCCCCGCACUUCACCGGGGCGAUGGAUGCAGUCAGGAAAACAGUCGCCGCUGAAGGGCCCCGAGGAUUGUACAAAGGCAUGGGUGCUCCUCUGGCCACUGUGGCGGUGUUCAAUGCUGUUCUCUUCACCUCACGAGGUCAGAUGGAGACGCUUCUGAGAGAUGCGCCUGGAGCUCACUUGUCGGCUGGGCAGCAAUUCAUUUGUGGAGCUGGAGCUGGAUUGGCCGUCGCCUUCGUGGCCUGCCCUACAGAGCUCGUCAAGUGCAGACUGCAAGCUCAGAGUGCCUUGCAAUCCGCUGCAGUCGUUGUCGAAGGCGCCCCAGCAGUUGCAAUGGCCGGCGCCCCAGCUGCCACUGCUAGCGCUGCCGCCCAAAGCAUCAAGUACACUGGCCCCAUGGAUGUCGCCAGACAUGUACUAAGGUCCGAGGGUGGGAUCCUCGGUCUGUUCAAAGGCAUGACUCCUACUCUCAUGAGAGAAGUACCCGGCAAUGCUGCCAUGUUUGGGACUUACGAGGCGACGAAACAGCUGAUUGCUGGUGGAAAAGACACUUCACAGUUGGGAAGAGGAUCUCAACUGACCGCUGGAGGUGUGGCGGGUGCUGUAUUCUGGAUGUCCGUGUAUCCGGCGGAUGUAAUCAAAAGUGUAAUUCAAGUUGACGACCAUCGGAAUCCCAAAUACAAAGGUACCUUUGAUGCAUUCAAGAAAGUUUUUGCUGCCGAAGGAAUCAAAGGGUAUUACAGAGGUUUCGGUCCUGCCAUGUGCCGUAGUGUCCCUGCCAAUGCCGCCUGCUUUUUGGCAUAUGAGAUGGCCAGGGAAGCCAUGGGCUGAUCUGUAGAAAGUUUUUCACCAUGCUUGUGUACAUCUCAGUUUGACUGACAGGAUUUUAGCGUCACAAGUACCCACAUUGGUGCAUAGAAGUUCCUCUCUUUUUCUCUCUCCUGUACAGUACAUGAUUAUUGCUGGCAGAGCCUAGGUUCGCGAGGCUUAGGCAGGCUUUCCUCUAGGAGUACAUUUCGUUCUCUUUGUCUCCGUCGUGAUCCAGGUUGACGUUUGAUUAUCGUUCAUCCUGGAGGGAGCCUCACACUCUUGACACGGUCAGUUGUUCAAGCUGGUUCUGCCGGCUUGGCCCAUUUAAGAUUCUUAGUUUAGAACCGUUCGAAAAAAUAAAAGUUCGAUGGUGAAAAUUUAUGAGGUUGGUCAUGAACCG